UCCAAAAUGGCCGAAAAACACUACGACAGAGGAAACUUUGCCGAUCUGCUACGCAAAAUCUCACAUAUCUCCGUAGUAUGGCACGCACAAGCUGUGAUAUGACGCCAGCAGUAUAUUCAAGUGCCAAACAAUGACAGACUUUGAGGAGGACUACCCUGGCCAGCUGCUGCACCAGGCUGCCUUCUACGACAAUGUGGAGCUGUUACAGGAGCUGCUGGACAGCUCAGAGAGGCUGCAUAUCAACGCAGCCAACAGCUCCGGACAGACAGCACUGCACUCAGCUGUGGCAGGGGACAGCAGGGAGAGUCUACAGAUGUUACUACAGGCUGGAGCUGAUCCAGGGAUUGCUUCUGGUAUGAGGGACAACUGUAGGACCCCCCUGCACCAUGCAGUGUCCCAGAGUAAGGUAGAGUGUGUGAAGGUGUUAGUGGAUGGAGGGGCGUCACUGGAAGUUAAGGAUGGGGAGGGGAAGACUGCCUACCACCUGGCAACUGCUCUUGGCAACAGGAAAAUACUGGAUAUACUACAGAUGGAGAAGGAGGCACAAAGAAAGAUUAAGGAAAUCAUUACAGCAGACCUGUACCAGGCAUGUGUGGAAGGGAGAGCAGACAAGGCUGCUGAACUCAUCUCACAGUUAGACAGAGAAGUCAUCAAUGCUGCUUACAAUGGUGGCAGUACCCUUCUGUACAGGGCCUCCCAGUUGGGCCAUGAGUCUGUAGUACAUCUCCUGUUGAACAGUGGAGCUGAGGCUGUACCUAAUGUUGGUACAGGACUCACACCACUACAUGCAGCAUGCUGGACUGGACAGGUCAACAUAGCAAUACUACUGCUACAGCACCUGCCCCAGUUUGCUGGAAUGGACUCCAGUCAGUCCCUCCAGCUGCCCAUCCAUGUGGCUGCCUCACAGGGACAUCUGGACAUCGUCAAUGUACUGCUGAAUACACUGGAUGUAAAAGAUCCUGCAAGUGUGAAUUCUCAAUCUCAAAGCAACCAGGACACUGCCACAUUUGACAUCAAUGCCCUGGACCUAAACUGGCACUCUUCUCUACACCUGGCUGUACUAGAAAGUAGAGUCUCUGUUGUAGAAGCAUUACUGCAGUGGUCAGCUCGAUCUAACACAGCCAGUGUUACAGAAGGUAACCCUGCAAGUCCACGCAGUCCUCUAGAAGAUUUGGCACAACGUAUCACUGUAGACACAUAUUCUGUACUAGGUAGAACGCCGCUUCACGAUGCAGUGAAAAACAGGGACCUCGCAAUUGUGACACUGCUACUCCAACAUGGAGCAAACCCAGACCUACCCGCAAAAAAGGUAGUCUCUGGGUCUUCACCAUACAACAGUUUGGAUUCCAACAGUUCUUUCGAAGGGACGGCGGCAAACAUGACUGCCCUAGCAGAAGCUGCCUCGAGCGGAAGCAAAGACAUUGUAGCGACUCUCCUGAAGUACGGUGCCAAAGACACGAGAGACGCUGCUUUGCAGUCUGCUCUGACUAACGGCCACACAGAUAUUGCUGGCUUACUCCUCUCCUGUUCAGGAGUAGCUGUAGACUUGGAGAGCAAGAUUAACAGAAGGUUGCAGCUCUUCCUUGAGCGGUCGUGUAGCGUCGAAGAGGACAAUGUGAAGAGCAUGGAUAGUCUUACAACUCUUCUAAGCAGUGACGGCACCAUGGCGUCAGGGAACCUAGGUACAGGUACGCUAGCUAGAACGUCAACAAGAAACAAAGCAGUGCGAGUCAACUGGUGCUGGAGAAAUCUACAGAAGUUGAACAUCGAGUGGUUCAUAGAAGCCUGCGUCCAUCUAAACCACUCGCUGGUGCCAUCAAAGUCAGCCCUGGUGUGUAUCACGAAAAUUGACGUGUCGGACAACCAAAUCGUGCAGCUGCCAAAAGAGAUCUUCGUCGACAUGGACUCUCUACAACACCUCAACUCCUGUAACAACUGUAUCUCCAGCCUACCUGAGUUUAAAGACGACGACUCCUUCAAUAGCCCUUCUUUGAAAGAAGUGGACAUAUCCGGUAACAGGCUCAGUGCCAUACCUACAUGGAUUUUCCAGCUUCCUGCACUGGAAAUUCUAAACCUGUCCAACAACAGGCUGAAGACUCUACCCUUCAGCAUGUGGACAUCUCAGAAGCUGACCUACCUUGACAUAUCAGUGAACUUGCUGGAAGAGCUUCCUAGCAGACCAGAGUCAGAGAGUGAAUGUGUUGUCCAGACUACGCACACGGAGGAAGACAGACAACGAACAGAGACAAACUCAAGUAAAGAAUCCAACGAGAGCUUCCACACUCCCAAUGGGUCAGAUGGUGAGAGAGAACCGGAUGCAAGCUCAGACGCAAAGACAGAGACCUCACCCUUACAGCGCCGGGAGUCUACAAACAACCUAGUCCAGCCGUGGAAACCCACAAACCCAAACUGCAAGAGAAGAAAACUCAACCGAAUCAACAUCUGGGAGAAAGAUGUAGCAACCAGCAUCCUUACAGAGGAGUUCGCCUCAGAAGUAGACGACGAUUCAGCCUCCACUUCUGCUCUGGAUUUUCUGAACCUCGCAUGGAACAAGUUGACUGCAGUACCCACUGGGCUACCAUGUUUGGCACCGAGAUUAUCAAAGCUAGACCUCUCUCACAACACCAUAAGUGAUACAGGUCCACCCAAUGCCUACCCAAAGGGUUUGACCAAACUCCUGUUGCAGUACAACAAGAUAGAGGACAGUAAGAGAUUGAGUAGGCAGGACUCGGAGAGUUGUUGCUACAGUCCCUAUGCAUCUAGCCUGAGGACCUCUGUCAGUGGUGCCUCUAUCGCAGAUAUCAGGAUCAGCAGAUCAGAGUCUGUUCUGUCCCAGAUUUCCUUUCUCAGCCUCCUGUCAUUGUGUCACCACAGGAGACACAGUAUCCUGCCCAGCCUGAAGAUCCUAGACCUGUCUGAUAACCAGAUAGAGAGUCUAGAGUUGGUGUACAGUCUGGAGGAGUCCAGACCUCCCAGUCUGUCGGAUGCAGAGGGGAUAACCAGUAAAUCUCACAGUACCGGAGAUCCAGCACAACGCAAGAGGAAGAGAACGUCUGAAUCGUCCAGCUCAUCCCUGGACCAGCUGACCAACCUCCACCCGCUGUACCCCAAACUGUCCACCCUGAAUGUCAGUAAUAACAGGAUCAAGGUCAUCCCUGCUGACAUGGGGCUGUACCAGGACCUCACCAUGCUGUAUAUCAGUGACAACAAGGAUAUCAGAACCCUGCCCAUGGAGCUGGGUAAGCUGGAGAAACUGUGGGACUUCAGGGCUAAUGGAAUGGAACUGGAGGAACCACUGCAGGGUCUGCAGAUUAGGUCAACCAGACAUCUUAUUGGCUACCUCAGGUCCAUCCUAGAUCAGUCCAGACCCUACUGCAGGAUGAAGCUGAUGUUGGUUGGCCUACAGGGUGUGGGGAAAACAUCCCUGUUACAUGAGAUGAGGAGAGAAGGGACUGGGUCAUACCAAGAAAUGGCAAUUAAGGGUUGGGCCAGUAGAAUGAAUUACUUCAGGAAUGACCAGAAGACCAGGAAGGGUCAGAACAUCUCGACCGUAGGAGUGGACGUAGCAGACUGGACGUAUGUGAAGAAGGUGAAGAAGAGACCCUGUGAGCUGGGGGAGGUCACCUUCAGCACAUGGGACUUUGGAGGACAGAGAGAGUACUAUGCGACCCACCAGUACUUCCUGUCCAAACGUUCCCUGUACCUGGCCUGCUGGAAGAUCACAGAUGGGGAGAAGGGCAUCGAGGACCUACAGCAGUGGCUCAUCAACAUACAGGCCCGUGCCCCAGACUCCCCAGUCAUCAUUGUUGGGACUCACUAUGAUGAGUUUAAGAAGUACCCCCCGUCCUUCCUGCCUGAGCUCAGGGACAUGAUUGACAGCCGCUUCAUCAACCUGCCCGAGCCGCACCUCCACGGACUGCCAAGGGUUAAAGGUCAGCUGGAGGUCAGCUGUAAGAACCACCACAACAUCCGGGAGCUGUGUGACCUCAUCUACGACACUGUGUUCCAGCUCAAAGUCAGGGGUGGGACUGGCCAGCUGCUGUUGAAACAGCCCAUCCCUGCCACCUACCUGGCCCUGCAGAAGACUGUAGCCCAGAUAGCAGCUCAGAGGAAGAAAGGGGGGAAACACCCUGUACUGGUGGGAGAUCAGUACAAGAUAGAGGUGAUGACUGAGAUGAUGAGGAAAGAGAACCUGUGCUUCAGGGACCAUGAGGAACUGAAACAAGCUACACAGUUCCUACAUGAGAAUGGUGUCCUGCUGCACUAUGAGGAUGUAGCCCUGAAGGACCUGUACUUCCUGGACCCACAGUGGCUGUGUGACAUGCUGGCUCAUGUCAUCACUAUCCCGGAGAUCAACGGAUAUGUCAAGAAUGGUAUCCUGGAGACCAAGUGCCUGAGUCUGAUCUUCAAGUCAGCAGCCAUCACCCCUGUAGACAUCCGGCUGUACAUUGUGGACCUGCUGAACAAGUUUGAGGUGGCUCUGACCUGGGAUAACAAGAACCUGCUCAUCCCCUCACUCCUGCCUACCGAGGACAACAUCAAGAAACUGGUAACGGAAGGCAGGGAGGUCAAGAUCACAAUGAAGAGGAAAGGAAAGAAGUCUAAAGCCAUGGUGAUGAAGUCAAACAAGGAUCCCUACACCAGCAGGGUCAGCAGACACAUCCAUGUCUCCCGUCCUGAGAAAAUCUCCACAGGCAAGUCUACUUUCUACAAAGGUGCCACCUCCUCUCCUCUACCUGCACCACCCAGUAAAGAGGACGUCAAUGGCAACAACAGUUCUGAGGAAAAGAAGAGCAAGCUCAAGGUCACGUACACGGACCAGUUCCUACGCUUCUACCUCAUGUCGUACUUCCCGAGCGGGUUCUGGUCACGGCUGAUCACACGGGUGUUCGCUGACGACCACCUGUAUGACACGGCUGUCGCGUGUUUCGAGGCGGUCAGCGGGGACGUUGGGGAUGGUCCAGUACAGGUCCUGAUGGAGAGCCCGCACUGGGUGUGCUGGCAGACUGGCUUCAAGCUGCGACACUGCAACACCACACUUCUGACAGUCAAGGAAGUCAUCGGGGAAGAAGAUGAGAGAAAGAAGUACUCGACUUUACCGCUGUCGACCCGCGACAUGCCCAGUAUGGCCGGAUACCACGGAGGGAAACUCCAGAUCAGUGUGCCAUUGUCAGAAGUGAAGUACAGCUACACACACACGGUGUCUACUCCGACAAGUAUCAGUGAGGAGGUACAGAAGAGGAUAGUGCUGAAGACAGAUGUCGCUAUCGCUACGAGGCUGCUCGCAGUGGUAGUCGACCAUCUCGACCUCCUCCUACAAGACUGGUACUCGGACAUCGGCGAGCGUUUCCGACAGACGUCGCACGGCCUCUACCUGGUCAGGAGGGUCAUCCCGUGUCCGAAGUGUCAGAGGGCAGCCGGUCAAGCCAAACAGCCCAAGAAGAAACAGAAGGAUGUCCACCAUAGAGGCGAUGCCUGGGAAGUGGUGGAGGUAAGCCCACAGGAUCAUGAACCCUACGUGUCAAAGACCAUUGUGUCUCCAGUCAAUGAGAAGUCUAAAAGCACUGCCAGUGAGAAGACUAUGCAAGCAACAGAAAGCACCGAUACAACUUUGCCAUCAGCAGCCAAAAAUGCAGAAGAAGAGACCAGUGAAGAUCUGAUGUUUCAGUUAGAACUGUCCACAGAGAUGAAACAGGGUGCAGACAAAGUAGAAAAUGAUGCAAAGAAUGAGGACGUGGUUGUAGCUGAGGUACCAAAGAGAGAAGAGUACACAGAACCUAAGAAACCCCUGAGCCUUGCAUUUGUAGAGCCAGCUGAACCUGCCAAAGGAGGAGGCACACAGAAGGUGUCAGAAGAUCAACCUGGGAAGCAGAGAAAAGGGAAGAAGUCAAAUGCUGAAUCAGCAGCCAUCACCACAUUCCAGUUUGAUGACCUAGUGUACCAGUCUCUAAGCCACAAGACAGUGGAAUGUCCCAGACAUGGGACUCUACUGCUUAAGACUUUGGUGCCUGAUGUGAUGUUUGAGGAUAUUGCCACCAAACUCCUCUUGGAUCCCUCCGAGAUCACCACCCAAAGGCUUCUGGGUACUGGGGCAUUUGGCUUUGUGUUCCAAGGGUUAAGGAAGACCAGGAGUGCUCCGGGAACAAGUGUGGCCCUGAAGAUCCUGGAACCACGGGACCCUGGGAAGGAGGCACCUGACACUGCAAAGAAAGAGUAUGCCCAGCACAAGCGUAAGUGGACCCAGGAGCCGACCUGGGCGGCGUGUAAGGCCUACUGCACCGUGAGACAGGAGAUGAUGGUCCUGUCGUCCCUUACACACGCUCACAUCGUGUCCCUGCUGGGCGUGUGUCACCAGCCGCUGUGCCUGGUGUUGGAGCUGGCCUGUAGGGGGGCGCUGGACACACGGCUCAGGGAGUACAGGAGGGAGGGGGCCAGGCUGGACCCAUGUCUAGUGCAGCACAUUGUGGUGCAGAUCUCCUCUGCCAUAUCUUACCUGCACUCUCACCGUAUCAUCUACCGUGACCUGAAGGCCCAGAACGUGCUGGUGUGGUCCCUGCCUGCGCCCACAGACGAGCCGACCGCUCACGUUCACGUCAAGCUGGCGGACUACGGCAUCAGCAGGGCCGCCAUGCCGCGCGGAGAGGUCAAGGGUUACGGGGGGUCACCGGGGUACAUGGCACCUGAGAUUGUACAGCACUAUGGGAUGGAGGCUUACACUGAAAAGGUGGACUGUUUCUCCUUUGCCAUGUUCCUGUAUGAACUGUUGAGUCUGAAGCAGCCGUUUGAGGGACUGGACCAAAUCAACGACCUCAUCCUCAGAGAGAAGAGACCCCCUCUUACAGAAAAGGAGAGAAGCUACCCAACCAACAUUUUGGACAUCAUGAGCCUGUGUUGGUCACAUGAUCCACACAACCGCCCAAAGGCUGCAGACAUACACAAAGCUGCUAGGUGUCCCGAGUUCCCCCUGCUGCUGCAGGCCAUGCCUGUGGCUGAUGGACCGGGGAAGACAGCACUUGUAGCCUGUGCUACUUAUUCUGAACAGGUUCAAAUCAUAGAUGAUGGUUAUGGCGGGUUGUUGGAGCAGAGUGUGAGCCAGGUGUGGCUGUGUAACCUGGCUCAGAACGGCCCUCCCACACAGGUGGACAUACUACAGGUGGUGGACGGCAGGCUACAGGAGGAGGCCAUGGCUUUUGAAGUGCCAGACGUGGUGUGUAGAGUCUGCAUCAUCGGGGACAUGAUAUGGAUGGGCAUCGACAAGCCAGUGGUCCAUAUCUACAGAUUGUCCACCCUUGAAAAGUUAAAAACCCUGAGCCUGUCCAACAACGUACGACGAACCAACACCGUACGGUCCAUCUUACACAUCCCGGACACAAGAACAAUCCUGGUGGCUCUGUCCCUGGGUACUGUGGUGCAGUACAAGUACUCUGGUGGAGACAGACACAAUGUGCAAAACAGCGACCCAAUCACUGUUACAGAAGUGCACAGGGCAAGGUUGGAGUUCCAUACAUUCAGUGCUGCCAUUGUCACCACUGUUAACAGGUCUACAGAGCUGUGGCUGGGAGGCUGUGAUGGGGGGAUGAGGAUAGUGGAUGGAGAGUCCUUGGUUGUUCUGAAGGACUUGAACCACUUUGACCCCAAAUGUUCCAAAGUCAAUGUGAUGCACCUGGCCACUCGUGGUGGUCCAGACAGACCAGGGGUGGGCGGGAAUGUGUGGUCCUAUGUGUACCCAGGUACAAUGGUUUACAAGUGGGAGGUGAACACCUGGUACAACACUCACAAGUUAGACUGUAAGGACCACCUGCCAAACCUAGAUGCUGGAGGCUGCCAGGUGACUUGUCUGCAGGUGCAGGGUGGCCAGCUGUACGUGGGGACAGUCUGGGGUCACCUGCUCAUCUGUGAUGCGGCUAAGAUGACCUGCCUGGCCCAGGUGAAAGGCCAUGUGGAGGAUGUGAAGUACAUCAUCCCUGUGUGUUCUGGGCUACAGCUAGCAGAGUCUGCUCUACAGCAGGGUACAGAAGAUACUCAGAGCAAUAAGCAACAAAAGAGCCAGUUGCUGACUAUAGGACUAGGGUACAACUACCUGCUACAGAACCACAUACAGGGGAGUCAUGUGAAGCAGGGCAGGACUUCAUUAGAGUCUAUACUCCUGGUGUGGGAUGCAGACAGUUGGGAGCUGGCUGCACAGUGUUGACAAGGACUAUAAUUUCAUCCAGAACCGUGCCUAUCUAUACAUGCACAUGUAGUUCUAUGCCUGAAUGGGUUAGGGUCUGAAUUUAGGCACAGUUCUGGAUAGUCUCAGUGUAUACAAGAAUGGUAGAUAUCCAGAACUGCACCUAUCUAGUUCUAUGCCUUGAUAGGUUAGGGUUUGAAUCAGGCAUGGUUCUAGAUAGUCUCAUUGUGUACAAGGAUUUCUGAAUAUAUUCGUGGACUAUCCUGGACG